AUGCGAGCACUGAUACCUGUCCGGUAUUCGAAAUCGAAUCAAUUCGAUUUAUCGAGUUUCGAGAAUGUCCCGGAGUUCAGUCUAGACCGUAACAAUGAAGCACUGUACUCGCCCUACGCCGAGGGCGGUGACGGUAUGGGCGCAUCAGCUGAUAGCAGUCACAAAUCAAUAGCUUCAUUGAGAAGACAGGAGGAGAAAAUGAAUUUUGUAGACGGUUUUAUGACUAAGAUGAUAAGAUGA